ACCAAAGAAAAGAAAGGCGUACUGAAUAACUUGAAUGAAACGCGCAUCUCUCCUGCAGUUAAUAGCCAAAAUGAAAUUCUUCGCGCUGUGCUCCGUGCUGUCCGUGCUGCUGCUGGCUGGCAGCGUGCGCUGCUUGCCACAGACCCGUGAGGGCGCCGCCUACUCGAACGAGGCCAUCCGACAGGCGCAGCAGACGCUGCUCAUACCCAAGGAUGCCCAGAUCCAGAACGUGCAGGAGGGCAUCGAGCUGGGCGCCUACGAGCAGAUACCCGGCAACCAGCGCAUCAAUCUGUUCGACAUUCUCGGCGAUACGGUGCCAUCGGAGGUGAUAAACAACCUGCAGACGCAGGUCGAUCAAAUUGGACGCAAUUAAUGGCAAUCCCAUAAAUCAUGCGAUUUGGAUAUUUGCAUUUUGUUAAGUUUACAAAC